GAGAGGAAGCUGUGCGCCCACCCUCGAAUCGAGAUCUACAAGGAGGACCGCAUCUACUUUGUGUGUCCCCUCGCCCGCCAAGGGGACUUCUACGUGCCUGAAAUGAAAGAACUGGAAAGGAAGAGCAGGGCUGCUGCAGCUGAGGCCGAGGAUGCCCAGACAGACAUCACAGGGGCCGACACCCUGAGUGAGGCGAGCUCCAUCAGCAUAGAGGCCACAACUGACAGCAGAGACACCUCAGUGGCCACCUCCAUCCUGCUGCCAUUCCCAGCCAGCCGUGGCCGGGAGGAGGCAGACAACCGCAGCGAGCACAGCUACAGUGAGUCAGGAGCCAGUGGCUCCUCCUUUGAGGAGCUGGACCUGGAGGUCACCGUGGACGGAGAGGGAGCCCCAGGCCUGCUGCCUGACACGGGCUACAUGGGCAACCAGGAGGUCACAGACAAGUGGACCAAGGAGCCCAUUGCUGCUGAGAGAGGAGAAGAGUGAUGCGGAGACCUGGCUGCCUUGCUUCCCACUGGGGUCUGAGUUACUGGGAAACGAUUGCCUUUCCCACCUCCUUCCUCUCCAGCCAAGAGAUUUUGGUUGCUGAUUCCCGCCGAGACCCGCUCUCCCUCUUUGCAGAAAGGGUGUUUGGCUGUUUCAGGGAUACUGGGAGGUGGGAGGGGUCUCCUGCAGCACCUGGUGGUACAGGGUAGGUGCAGGCUGGGGGUGCAGUGAAAUGCAUUUGCCGUUUGUGUGUCUCUAGAUGGGUUGCAUAUUCCUUGCAGGAGCUCCGGGGGGUGGUGGUGGAUGGCAGAGUUGUCCCCCCCCAUCUCUGCUGGUGCCCCUCUCACCCACAGCUUCUCUCUGCCGCACUGCCACACCAGUUUUCUAGCACCAAAGAGCCGUGAGUAGGAUUGGUUGGGUUUGUUCCCCUUUUCUCUUCCCCUUUGCUGAAAAAUGGAAAUAUCCUGUGUAAACCUGGUCUUCCUGGCACUGCCACGGGCGCUUUUGGGGUCUGUAAUAAAGUGGAUGCUUUUCCUCA